UACACUACCCUUUCUUGCUCCUUCUCACUGUUGAGCUCACUCAUUAGAAGAAGAUGCCGAUCAGAAACAUCGCUAUCGGAAGGCCCGAAGAGGCAACUCACCCAGACACCUUGAAAGCUGGACUCGCUGAGUUCAUCUCUACUCUUAUCUUCGUCUUUGCCGGUUCAGGUUCCAGCAUCGCAUACAACAAGCUCACUAACGAUGGCGCCGCCACCCCCGCAGGCCUCAUGACCUUCGGCGCCUUCGUCGGCGGCAACAUCACCUUCCUCCGCGGCAUCGUCUACGUCAUCGCCCAGCUCCUUGGCUCCAUCGUCGCUGCCUUGCUCCUCAAGUUCGUCACCGCAAGCACUGUUCCAGCAUUUGCACUCUCAUCAGGAGUAGGUGUUGGUGAGGCUUUGGUGUUGGAAAUUGUGUUGACUUUCGGUUUGGUGUACACUGUGUACGCUACCGCUGUUGACCCCAAGAAGGGUAGUUUGGGAACUAUUGCACCAAUCGCAAUUGGUUUCAUCGUUGGUGCCAACAUCCUUGUAGGUGGGGCUUUCGACGGUGCAUCGAUGAAUCCUGCCGUUUCCUUCGGACCCGCCGUCGUGAGCUGGAGCUGGAGCAACCACUGGAUCUACUGGGUGGGCCCACUCAUCGGUGGUGGUAUUGCCGGAGUCAUCUACGAGGUUCUCUUCAUCAGCCACACCCAUGAGCAGCUCCCAACCACUGACUACUAGACAGUUAAAAAGGGAUUCAGGAAAUUUGUGUAUUUGAGAAAAAAAAAGGGAAAUCUUUUCUGUAUGGUGGUUAAUUUACCUCUUUUCCUUUGUGUUUUUUAAUUAUUAUUAUCAUUAUCACUCUGAAAUUUCAGUUUGGACUUUGGAGGGUUGUUCCUUUUGUGUUGAAUCGGUGGCCGUUGAUCCUUGGUUCAGUGGUUGAUGAUGAUCAUCAACAAGUUUAGUUUCUCUUUUUUACCUUCAUUUGUACAUGGCCCACCAUUCAAGUACUAUUAUUAUUCGCUCUA